GGAAAUGCUCCAGAUAGAAUGGGACGAAAAGGAAGAGAUGCGUCUCAAAGCCUGUGAGAUGGAGAGUACACUUUCCCAGGAGACGGAGGCUUUGAGAAAUAACAAUGAAUCUCUCCAACACCAAAUUCAGGACCUUCAGGAAAUGCUCCGGAUAGAAAAACAGCAGAAGGAAGAUAUGCGUCUCAAAGCCUGUGAGAUGGAGCGUGAACUUUACCAGGAGAAGAGGGAGAAGGAGGCUAUGAGAAAUAACAAUGAAUCUCUCCAAUACCAAAUUCAGGACAUUCAGGAAAUGCUCCGUAUUGAAAGGAACGAGAACGAAAAGAUGCAUCUCACAGCUGUUGGAAAAGAGAAAGCACUUAUCCAAGAGCUGGAUGAAAUGAAAGAGAUGACCUCUGUCCAUGAUAUCCAGCUUCAGAAAAUGCUCCAGAUAGAAUGGGACAAGAAGGAAGAGAUGCAUCUCAAAGCCUGUGAGAUGGAGGGUAAACUUUCCCAGGAGACGGAGGCUUUGAGAAAUAACAAUGAAUCUCUCCAACACCAAAUUCAGGACCUUCAGGAAAUGCUCCGGAUAGAAAAACAGCAGAAGGAAGAUAUGCGUCUCAAAGCCUGUGAGAUGGAGCGUGAACUUUACCAGGAGAAGAGGGAGAAGGAGGCUAUGAGAAAUAACAAUGAAUCUCUCCAAUACCAAAUUCAGGACAUUCAGGAAAUGCUCCGUAUUGAAAGGAACGAGAACGAAAAGAUGCAUCUCACAGCUGUUGGAAAAGAGAAAGCACUUAUCCAAGAGCUGGAUGAAAUGAAAGAGAUGACCUCUGUCCAUGAUAUCCAGCUUCAGAAAAUGCUCCAGAUAGAAUGGGACAAGAAGGAAGAGAUGCGACUCAAAGCCUGUGAGAUGGAGAGUACACUUUCCCAGGAGACGGAGGCUUUGAGAAAUAACAAUGAAUCUCUCCAACACCAAAUUCAGGACCUUCAGGAAAUGCUCCGGAUAGAAAAACAGCAGAAGGAAGAUAUGCGUCUCAAAGCCUGUGAGAUGGAGCGUGAACUUUACCAGGAGAAGAGGGAGAAGGAGGCUAUGAGAAAUAACAAUGAAUCUCUCCAAUACCAAAUUCAGGACAUUCAGGAAAUGCUCCGUAUUGAAAGGAACGAGAACGAAAAGAUGCAUCUCACAGCUGUUGGAAAAGAGAAAGCACUUAUCCAAGAGCUGGAUGAAAUGAAAGAGAUGACCUCUGUCCAUGAUAUCCAGCUUCAGAAAAUGCUCCAGAUAGAAUGGGACAAGAAGGAAGAGAUGCGUCUCAAAGCCUGUGAGAUGGAGGGUAAACUUUCCCAGGAGACGGAGGCUUUGAGAAAUAACAAUGAAUCUCUCCAACACCAAAUUCAGGACCUUCAGGAAAUGCUCCGGAUAGAAAAACAGCAGAAGGAAGAUAUGCGUCUCAAAGCCUGUGAGAUGGAGCGUGAACUUUACCAGGAGAAGAGGGAGAAGGAGGCUAUGAGAAAUAACAAUGAAUCUCUCCAAUACCAAAUUCAGGACAUUCAGGAAAUGCUCCGUAUUGAAAGGAACGAGAACGAAAAGAUGCAUCUCACAGCUGUUGGAAAAGAGAAAGCACUUAUCCAAGAGCUGGAUGAAAUGAAAGAGAUGACCUCUGUCCAUGAUAUCCAGCUUCAGAAAAUGCUCCAGAUAGAAUGGGACAAGAAGGAAGAGAUGCGACUCAAAGCCUGUGAGAUGGAGAGUACACUUUCCCAGGAGACGGAGGCUUUGAGAAAUAACAAUGAAUCUCUCCAACACCAAAUUCAGGACCUUCAGGAAAUGCUCCGGAUAGAAAAACAGCAGAAGGAAGAUAUGCGUCUCAAAGCCUGUGAGAUGGAGCGUGAACUUUACCAGGAGAAGAGGGAGAAGGAGGCUAUGAGAAAUAACAAUGAAUCUCUCCAAUACCAAAUUCAGGACAUUCAGGAAAUGCUCCGUAUUGAAAGGAACGAGAACGAAAAGAUGCAUCUCACAGCUGUUGGAAAAGAGAAAGCACUUAUCCAAGAGCUGGAUGAAAUGAAAGAGAUGACCUCUGUCCAUGAUAUCCAGCUUCAGGAAAUGCUCCAGAUAGAAUGGGACAAGAAGGAAGAGAUGCGUCUCAAAGCCUGUGAGAUGGAGAGUACACUUUCCCAGGAGAAGGAGGCUAUGAGAAGAACCAGUGAAUCUCUCCAACACCAAAUUCAGGACCUUCAGGAAAUGCUCCAGCUCGAAAGGAACAAGAAUGAAGAGAUGCAUCUCACAGCUGUUGGAAAAGAGAAAGCACUUCUCCAAGAGCUGGAUGAAAUGAAAGAGAUGACCUCUGUCCAUGAUAUCCAGUUUCAGGAAAUGCUCCAGAAAGAAAAGGACCAGAAGGAAGAGAUGCAUCUCAAAGCCUGUGAGAUGAAGAGUGCACUUUCCCAGGAGAUGGACGCUAUGCAACAAAACAAUGAAUCUCUCCAACACCAAAUUCAGGACCUUCAGGAA